UGCGUGGUGUCACUUAUGGUGUGCGUUGCUUUUGAGGUCGCGGGCAUGUGGCUAUUGCUGUUGAACGUUUGUGAUAUACGGUUAUGAUGUUGGAGAGGGGGAGGGUGUUGCCGUGGCAUAUUUCAGAGACUCUGCUGCUUCACGCUAUCUUUAUGCAAGCAAAAGUUGUAGCUGCUCAGGGAUGAUCAAAUAGGUCCACACAUAGGUAUUUCACAGUUUUUAUGUAGAACAUAAAAGACUGGCUGAGAACCUGUGAACUUCUGAAGACAGCAUUUGGACAAGCUAGAGGCAGUUACUGUUUUCUGCUAUGUCCGGAAAGCUGCCUUACGUUGGCACAACGGCUGGCGGCGCCGACCGCAAACUGGGUCGCGCGGCGCUGCCGGUGACUGGCACCACCUCGGCGGCGGUGGCCGCCAGCCCCAGUGGCGCCGGCUCCAACAACGAGCUGGCGUCGCUGUUUGAGUGUCCGGUGUGCUACGACUACGUGCUGCCACCGAUCCUGCAGUGUCAGAGCGGCCACCUGGUGUGCUCGUCAUGCCGCUCCAAGCUCACCUGCUGUCCGACCUGCCGCGGCACGCUCGGCAACAUCCGCAACCUGGCGAUGGAGAAGGUGGCGACGACGGUGAUGUUUCCCUGCAAGUACGUGUCGUCGGGCUGUUCGGUGCUGCUGCUGCACACAGAGAAGGCCGAGCACGAGGAGACGUGCGAGUGCCGCCCGUACCAAUGUCCGUGCCCCGGCGCCAGCUGCAAGUGGCAGGGCAGUCUGGACCAGGUGAUGAACCACCUGACCAUGGCGCACAAGAGCAUCACCACUCUGCAGGGUGAAGACAUCGUCUUCCUGGCCACCGACAUCAACUUGCCCGGUGCCGUCGACUGGGUGAUGAUGCAGUCCUGCUACAACCACCACUUCAUGCUGGUGCUGGAGAAGCAGGAGAAGUACGACGGCCACCAGCAGUUCUUCGCCAUCGUUCAGCUCAUAGGGUCGCGCAAGCAGGCCGAGAGCUUCGCCUACAGGCUGGAGCUGAACGGGCACCGGCGGCGGCUGACGUGGGAGGCCACCCCCCGCUCCAUCCACGAGGGCGUGUCCAGCGCCAUCAUGAAGUCCGACUGCCUCGUGUUCGACACGAGCAUAGCGCAGCUGUUCGCCGACAACGGCAACCUCGGCAUCAACGUGACCAUUUCCAUGUGUUGAGCGGCGGCGCGGCCUGCCACCACUGUGAUGUAAUAUGUGAUCGGCAAUACCCCCAUUCCAGGGGCGCGUGGCGGCCGCCCGGCGUCGGGCCGCCGUUCGUGCCUUGACCGCAGUGCAAACGGAAGCAAGAUCUGCGCCGCACACGGCCGGCGCGCGCGCCCGCCGGGCACGACCGCGUCCGUGUCGUCCGACGUAGUGCGGGUGACCGCGGCCGGCCGUCGGCGGCCGCCGCUCUUUCCCUCCUGGUGCGGCCAUCUCCGGCGGGACGCUGGGCGCGCUGGACGCCGCUGGGGGAGUGCGCGCGAGUGUGUAGUACAAACGGCCGCGGCGCUGCCGGGAUGGCCAGUUGUGGGCGGGCGCGGCGAGUGCCUGGGCGUGCCGGCACUUGCGCGAUGUGCCGCCGUGUUUCGUGCCGGUCGGGGUGCGCGCGCGUCUGGUGGUCUGGACGGUGCGGCGGGCGUCGUUCCGCGGCGCCCCGACACACUCCGUCCGCCGCCGCCGCCGCUUGCCGCCGAGCGGCGGGGUCGUCGGAACCGUCUGAGCUACGGCUCGCAAGGCCCCAAUUAAGCCAGUCUGCAGUCACCCAGGCUUUAGCUGGGAAUGCCCUCGCCCCCAGUGCCGGCCUGGCUUGCCGCGCCGCCAGUUUACCCCGUGCGGCGGCCGGUGGCAGUUGAAGCCAUAGCUCAGUCCCGGUGUCGGCGGUCGGGUGACGAGUCUGCCGGGCGGUGGGGCGGCGACGACAGCUGAAGCUCGUCGCCCGGUGCGGCUGGCGUCCGGCUCAUGUCGGGAGUUCUGCAGUCGUGCCCCUGCGGUGGACGGUGGCGGGCCUAACCCUCAAGAGCGCUGCCUGUCACUCAGACGUGGGCUGUGUUAGUGUAUGGUGCGCGGCGGCGAACCCCCUGAAAACUCCGCACUCGUGCGCAUCCAUGUCUAGACUGUAAUACCACACUUCAGUGGAUUGAGUGACCGAACAUCGCGGCACUAAUCGCCAGCACGCUGUUCUCUGCGGUGGAUUGAGCUUAAGCCUCGGCAUGAGUUUGCGCUAUAUUCGAGUGCUGACGUCGUCACGUUUGAUAUGUUUGGGGAGAGGCGAUCCCACAUGUUGGCCGUUUUUCGGGUGGCUUAAUGUCGGCUUUUCCAGUGCGGCGAAAGGGUUCGUAUCUGUACUUGCCGAGUGCGGUCCGAUGUGGAGGUCGGGCGUGGGCGGCGGCCGUGUGUACGUUGGACUGGGGCGCGCCUUCGGAUGCCUCCCUGCCCCGCCUGCUCUGCCCGAGGGGACGCCGUUUGGCAGGCCGCGCAUUCAGUUUUCUUAUGCCGGGCGAACGGUGCCCUGGCAGAAGCCGGUUGCUAUUUGCCAAUCACCGGAAGCCAGUUUCGAGAAGCAAAUGUUGCAGUGCUUCCUGCGUAGCUGAAACGCCCCUGGUUGUUUCCUCGUAUGUUGCUGCGCGUAGCCCGCCGUGAGCACCUUCUACUGUUUUUUUUUCACACACCAUUCAGAACGACUAAAGGCGUUUUAUUUCAUUGCGUUCUGCUGAUCGUUUGCUUCGUGAGACUGGCUUCAGGGAGUGCCAUGUGCCGUGAGGAGCCGCGACCGUGGGAGCUCGCCGGGCCGUGUCUGCCCUGUCACCGCCGCUGUCGGAGCUGGUCAGUUGGACCGGCUUGGCCUGGCGUGCGUGUGGCCGGUGCGGCCGGGGUGUACCGGCGCAGGACGGACGGCGUACUGCCGGGCCGGAUCAGUGGGCCGGCGCUCUUUCCUGGCUGGUGCAGCCCGAGGCGGGACGACUGCCCGGCAGCUUUUAGUUAUCGGGUGUUCAAAUAUAUCGUGCAUCGGA